CUCAGUCCCUUUAACCGGCGCGCUGUGACGGAGAAAGGCCUGUCUCGAUGCGACGCUCGCUGUUUGGCCUUUGGACGUAUAAACCGCGUCGUUGGCGACCUGCUGGAGAAAACGAACCUGCUGGGAGAGAAUCCCACCGACAAGCUGGACAUCAAGAUGAACCCUGACGGCAGCGGACAGCUCUACGUCCCCGGACUGACCGAGUUCACCGUCCAGAGCCCCGAGGACAUCAACAGGGUGUUUGAGCUGGGUCACAUGAACAGAGCGACAGCCUGCACGAACCUGAACGAACACAGCUCUCGCUCCCACGCUCUGCUCAUCAUCACCGUGUCCGGAUUCAACUCUGCGACAGGAAACCGCACACAAGGUAAGCUGAACCUGGUGGACCUGGCGGGCUCAGAGAGGAUCGGUAAGUCGGGGGCGGAGGGCAGUCGCCUCAGAGAAGCUCAGUGCAUCAACAAAUCUCUGUCGGCGCUCGGCGACGUCAUCAACGCGCUGCGCAGCAAACACUCCCACGUCCCGUUCAGGAACUCGCGGCUCACCUACCUGCUGCAGGACUCUCUGAACGGAGACAGCAAGACGCUCAUGAUGGUGCAGGUGUCUCCGCUGGCCGCUAACAUGAGCGAGUCGGUCUGCUCGCUGAAGUUCGCUCAGCGUGUUCGGAGCGUCGAGCUGAGCUCGUCGUCCUCCAGGAGACACGAGAACUCGUCCACCUCGUCCUCGCCCACCCACGACAGCGUCGAG